AUGUCCUCUAAGGAUAAAAUUCCUAAUGGUAACGUGUCCAAAACAGAAGUAAUCAAUGGUAGAGGAACCCAACCGACACCUGGGAAGCAACCAUCAGAUCAGAGUCUGAAACAGAACCAAAAUCAAAAUCAAAAACAAAAACAAAUAUUAGAUAAAAAUAAGGAGAGAGAAAUAGCCUCAAAUACCAACGGAAUAUAUGCGACAGACAACACUACAUCGAACAUUAAUACAAGGGCACUUUCAUUGUUUUCAUGGUAUGGAUCUUCUCAAGACAAAGGAGAAGGAGAAAAUCAUACAAAUGUGUUGCCAAAGCCUGAGCUAAAUGGUAACAAUAACAGUAGCAACAACAAUAUCAAGAAUGAGAAUAUCAAAAACAAUAAUGGAAACAGCAAUGGCAAAAAUAAUAAGCCACGUGUGAUCAAUCCAACAUCUUCAACGGUACCGAUAUCUUUACCCGUGGCAUCGACCUCACAACAACCAAAGGAACGAAGCAAGCUGCCCAUUUCUAUUCAAAAUUCAACUAGUUGGUUUGCAUCGUACACUUCUUUCUUCACUUUAAAUAACACUGCAUUGAUUAACCUUGAAGAGAUUCCACUACUACGAGAUAAUAGAAGCAACAACAAUAAUGACAAUUAUGACAGUAAUACAAAUAACCACAACAAUGAUUACAACAACGAUGGAUUAAGCAACUUGUCACGAAAGGAGAGCUCGAUCUCGGACUGCUCUUUCCCAAAUCAAAAUCAAGAGCAAUCAUGGUUUAGCCGAAUAUUCCAAAACCCUUUUGGUCUGGCACUGAAACAAACCACGGAUGAAGAUGAUGGAAUAAGUGAAGCUUACAAGACAGCGAAAACAACUAUUGAGACUUUCAAAGAUGAACUUCAUUAUGCAUAUUAUAGUGAAGAUCGGUUCAAGACUGCUGAAUUGGCAGUGUUUGGAACUCAAAGCGAACAUACUCCAGCACAUAUCCCUUCUCGAAAAUGGCGACCUGUAUCACCAAAUGAAAUGUUUGAAAAGUCACUAAAAAGACUGCCUUCAAUGCAAUCCAUACAGUUGCAAAGUAUUAUGCAAGAAGACGUGGUCAAUAGUCAGGGAAAUGAGUCCCUAGUACAUCCGCGAGUCAAUGAGAACUACCGUGAGUUGACUUUAAAAACACGGUUACGGAUUCUUUCAAAAGAUGUUGUUUGUGGUAUUAGAACUGAGAAUCAUUUGUAUAGGAAAUCACCUGUGCAAUUGCAGCAACAAGCCAGAAGAACAAAGCGAAUUAUAGUUGUUGGCGUGCAUAGUUUUUUACCCACCAAAUUAGUGCGGGCGCUAAUUGGUGAGUAUACAGGUACAUCGAUUGACUUUGCGAGACAUGCGUCUAAGGCUGUUGAAAAAUGGAUUUUACGAAAUGACUUGCAAAUCGACAAGAACUCAGAUUAUACAAUCAAAACAAUUGCAAUUGAUGGACAAGGAAGAUUCGAUAAUUGUGUUAAGAGAGCACUACAUCUUUUGGGCAAUUGGAAACUGGACCUUGAGGAGAGUGAUUUCAUAUUCUUUGUUAGCCAUGGCACCUCGGUACCUGUUUCAUUUACCGUUUUGGCCAAACUUAUCCAGUCUAGUCAUUAUCUCAAACAUGGUGGCAAAAGGAAAAUAGCUUUGUUGAGUAUGCUGGGAAAUAUGCAAGGACCUGUGCCUUUGCUGCGCUAUAAAAUUGUGAAUAGAGCUUAUUCACAAGUUGAAAAUGAAAUUGUUCAAGAGUUAUUUGAGUAUGAGAAGAGGGACUCGAAAUUAUCAAGACAACUUCAGCAAUCGUUUACAUAUCUCAUUUCACAAAAUGUCAAGAUCAUCCUAACAAGUGAUCCACGCGACUUGUUUAUUCCAUUGCAUUCGAUGAUGGGCGUUCAAUUUGCACAUCCCAAUAUUCAUAGAAACAUGCAUAUCAUGCCCUCAAAUGCAAAUGCAAAUGCAAAUGCAAAUGCAAAUGCAAACACGGGGACGCAGGAUAUGGAUUUUCUAAUCUCAAUCAUUACAUCCAUUUGCAAUGUUCGCAAUUUGGGUCAAUUUAAGGAUUACAAUAUCGUCAAAGAUUUAUCAGACAAGUUGGACCACCCUCUCUUUAUUAACAAGACACCUAGGGUAAUGGUAUUUGAGCAAGAAGAGGUUUACACGGAUGCACUAGAUUUUGCACUAGGUUCCACAUCACUUUACCAUAAGAGAGACUUGAUUAUGAAUUUCCCAAAAAGAUUAAUGAAACCUAGGGCUUUGUCAUCUUCAUCUUCCAUAGAUUCGUCUACGUCGAUCCUGCUCGAUUCUCAAUUCAAUUUCCAAAACAAUUUGCCUUGGAAUAUCCGGACUCUAUUCCAAGAUAUGCUACAAUAUAAACAUAUAAACGCAAUUGCUUGUAUCCAAAAAAUGAUUGAGCAAUAUAGAGAUUGGAAGCCUGUUCUGAAACAGCACAAGGAUAUUAAAUACUGUCUUGAAGCACUAGAUGAUUUUACUGUGCGCGAUUUACUACUUUGA